AGGGAAUACAAAACAAAACAAAAGCUCAGAUUCCUCUCCUCUCCAAACAGGUCCUAUCCCUUUUGCUUCUCCCUUGCUGUUGUUUUCUCCCUCUAGAGACUAGAGACCCCAUCUCUAGAAAGAGAAAGCAGGACAAGCAAAGCUACCGGCCAGACAGCAGCUAGCUAUAGCUCUAAAGAUUGCCCUGACCUGAUCAGAUGAUAUGAGCUUUUUGCAAGAUGGUGGCUAUAGCAGCUAGAGUAGUAUUUCUGUUGUGAUGUGCUCAAGCCAAGCAUGAUAUGGGUGGAGAAUUCAGGAGCUCUUUGAUGCAGCAGAUGGUGUGGAGUAGUAGUGGCGGCGGUACAGACAGCAAGAAUAUGAUGAGUAGUAGUUUGAUGCCUUGUGCCGAGGAGCAAGAAGAAGAGGGCUCCAACAAGAUGCCCCCUUUAUCUUCUCCUUCCAUGCUCCUCCUCCCGCAGCACCACCUCCAAAUCUUCUCGGGCCUGCCUCUGCCUCUGCCUCCUGAGGUGCUGAACGACAGCUCUGCUACUUCUGAUCUGCAUGAUGGCCGGGAAAGCAGCAUGCCGGAGUCAUGGAGCCAGCUGCUUCUUGGGGGAUUAGUCGGAGAUCACGAGAGAUACAACGCUGCCACAGCUUUACUGUCAAAAGGAUUAGAGGAGCGACCUGCAGCUUACAAUUGCUAUGACCCUGGACAUGGUGGUGGUGAGGAGAUCCAGACAUCGGGGACCAACAUUAGGUCUCAUCAGGUGAGCCAGGCGCUCUUAGCGUCGUCCUCUCCUAGGUCCUGCAUCACCACAAGCCUCGGCAGCAACAUGCUGGACUUCUCAAACACCACCGUGCCGCCGGCACCGGAUCUGAAGAAUCAUCACUCCGAUAACUCUUCUGAGGGUAACAGCGCUGGAAGUGGUUCGGCUCCAAAGAAGGCUAGGGUUCAGACCUCUUCUUCAGCACAGUCUACCCUAAAGGUAAGAAAGGAGAGGCUUGGGGAUAGAAUCACUGCACUUCACCAGAUAGUGUCCCCAUUUGGCAAGACUGACACUGCCUCCGUCCUACAGGAGACUAUUGGCUACAUUAGAUUCCUCCUGAGUCAAAUCGAGGCUCUCAGCUUCCCUUACUUGGGCCAUGACAACGGGGACUCCAUGCAACAACAUAAUACUAAUAACGUACGGUACGUGUGCGUGCGAAUAAAGGUGCAUGCGCAGGCACGUCACGUGCGAAUAAAGUUGCUGCUAAACCAUAGCACUAGCGAUGCCAUGGUACAAGUUCAAGGUCCUCCGAUGACCAAUCAGGAGGGGGAGGUCUAUGGCAAUGGCAUUGAGGAGGGCAGCAGGAAGGAUUUGAGGAGCAGGGGGCUGUGCCUGGUGCCAGUGUCGUGCACGUCGCACCUCGCCGACGACAACGGCCCCUCAGACUUCUGGGCGGUGUCCGCGGCGCCGUCCCCGCCUCCUCCGCCUCCGCCAUUCGCCGGCAUCAUCUGGCGAUAGAGUCGUGUCCAGACCGGCGUCGAUCCACCCAUCAGUCGCAUGCAUUAUUCAUGCAUGCAUGACGUAAAUAUAUACAUAUAGUAUCAUGCAUCACUAUACCAUUGGUUUUUUUUUAAAAAAAAAUGUUUGGUUGCUUGCCAGGGUUGCUAGCUAGCUAUAGCUUUGUUUGACCGAUGAGCUGAGGUAUCCAUCGAGCAUGGAGCUACCUGCAGCCUAUACCAGGCUGCUGUAUACUGUACGUAUGUAGUACACCGUAGUAUAUGUACUGUACGUUGAGAUGCAGGAGUGCAUGCACAUAUCAUCAGGAGCCGUCAUUCUGUCGGACGAGCUGCCUGCAGUGUAUAGGCAGCUAGGCUGAUUGCUCUUGAUGGUAUGACGAUGCGUCGUGUAUGUAACACUGCUACUAUAUAUAUACCAUUUUUAUAUGCAAUUGUUUGCUGGUCACA